AUGAACGACUUGAUGACGAAAUCGUUCAUGAGUUACGUUGAGUUGAAGAAAGCAGCGAUGAAGGAUUUGGAAGCAGGACCUGACUUUGAUCUCGAGAUGGCGAACAAAACAGACGAGAAUCUGUCUUCUUUCUUAGAAGAAGCAGAGAAUGUGAAAUCAGAGAUGAGUCUAAUCGGCGAAACUCUGUCUCGUAUCGAGCAGUACAACGAAGAGAUCAAAGGUGUGCACAAAGCAGAAUCGGUGAAAUCUCUCCGUGGCAAGAUCUCAAACGAGAUUGUGUCUGGUCUGAGGAAAGCGAAAUCGAUUAAAUCGAAGCUUGAAGAGAUGGAUAAAGCCAACAGAGAGAUCAAAAGGCUUUCUGGAACUCCUGUUUACAGGAGUAGAGUAGCUGUGACUAAUGGACUUAGAAAGAAGUUAAAGGAAGUGAUGAUGGAGUUUCAAGGAUUAAGACAGAAGAUGAUGAGUGAGUACAAAGAAACUGUUGAAAGAAGGUACUUCACUGUUACUGGAGAGUAUCCUGAUGAAGAAAUGAUUGAGAAGAUCAUCACUGAUAACACUGGAGGUGAAGAGUUUCUCACCAGAGCCAUUCAGGAACAUGGAAAAGGAAAGGUCUUGGAGACUGUGGUUGAGAUUCAAGACAGGUACGAUGCGGCGAAGGAGAUAGAGAAGAGUUUGUUGGAGCUUCACCAGGUGUUUUUGGACAUGGCUGUGAUGGUUGAAGCACAAGGUGAACAGAUGGAUGAGAUCGAGCAUCAUGUGUUGAACGCGAGCAAUUACGUCAAGGAUGGGGCUAGCGAGCUCAAUACCGCAAAGAAGCAUCAGAGAAGCAGUAGGAAAUGGAUGUGUAUUGGUAUCAUUGUGCUGCUUUUGAUCAUUCUCAUUGUUGUAAUCCCCAUCAUUACCAGUUUCACCUCUUCUUGA